AUGUCUGCCCAAGCCCGGUCAUCGUCUAGUGGGCCCACCCAUCCCACCCGAGCAGAGAAUAUCGCCCAUGCUCGAGCUUGGAUUGCAGCAUAUGAGAACUGGGAUUUGGAACGGAUUUACAACCUUACAACCUCACUCCAAGACUUUGAAUACUCGUAUCUUCCUGCAUCGGCGGGUAUUCCACCUAAAUCGAUGAAGGAGUGGCAAAGAUACAACCGGUCCAUCAAAAACUUGAUACCAGACUUGACGACUGAAGUGUCGGACAUCCAUGAGAGUAAUGGAUGUGUUGUUGCCCAUAUUGUUGGUCGCGCAACUUCACGCUCAGGGAAACCAUUCCUUCAGGAAUACGUGCUGUUCAUCCACUGUCGGUACGAGUAUAACACCUAUAGCAACGAGAGGAGCGUCAAGGUCCACGAGGUGGAAGAAUUCGUCGGCACGAGCUUUAACAGCGCUUUUUUUGCAGCGGAGAAACGGUGA